CCUCAAAGGAAAAGAUAACUUCACUUGAAUCGAAUGAGGGAGAAUAAAACGAAAGUGAUGGAUUUGUUUCAUUCGAGCGCCCAUACGGCAAAACAUACGGGUAUGUCGGUCAACGAAUUUAUGCACCCGAGAAAUCUAUAUCGGCAAAAGCCCAACUUUCAACUGUUGAUUAAACAAUUUCCCGAGCUUAAAGAGGUGGCCAGUGUGGACUUGGCAGGCAAAGUAAAGCUAGAUUAUCGUAAAAAACAUGCUGUUCAUUUGCUAUCGAAGUGUUUGCUUUUGCGAGACUUUGGCCUCAAGCUGGAACUUCCGCCGAACAAGUUGGUUCCGACGCUGCCUCUUCGACUGAACUACAUCCACUGGUUGGAAGACAUCGGGUCCGUAGCGCAGUGGCCGGAAAAGGAAAAAGUUCGUGGCAUUGAUAUCGGUUGUGGAGCUUCCUGUAUUUAUCCGCUGCUUGCAGUGGUAAUAUCCCAGCAGCGGUGGCACAUGGUUGCGAUUGAAAAGGCGGAAGACAGUUUGGAAAGUGCCAAAGCCAACGUUACGCGGAACGAGCUGCAAAGUUGCAUUAAUGUACAACCACAAACCCUGGAAGGAGAAACAAUUCUGCUGGACGUGCUGAAGAACUUUCCCGGCGAACGCUUCGAUUUCUGCAUGUGCAAUCCGCCGUUUUUCGAUAGUAAUUCCAACGAACUAAAGCCACACGAUCGUACCGGAAAGCGGCGGGAACCUUCGAACGCUAGUACCGGAUCGCUCGAGGAACUGUGUACGGAGGGUGGAGAGGUGAAGUUUAUUACCCAAAUUAUAGAUGAAAGUCUUCAGCUGAAGGAUCGCGUUUCGGUGUACACAACGAUGAUAGGCCAUAAAAGCAGCUACGAGAAGAUAUUGCGUACUCUUAAACGGGCGUCCAUACAUAACGUUACCGUGAGCCGGUUUUGUCAGGGCAAUACGACACGAUGGGCCGUAGCAUGGAGUUUCGAUGCUCAACUGUUGCUGUCACUCGUUACCAACAGUAUUAAUAGGACAAGCGAUAAUAAUGGGUCUCCUGGGAAAAAGACAGCGUUCGGAAAACCAGUGGUAUGCAGAAUUUUCAGCACUAGCGAUAUGGACUCAAUUCAAGCUGUUAAAACAUGUAUCCUGUCAAAGCUUCAAGCAAUUGCGAUUGACGUGCGUGCUGUUGUCGAAACGAACAAAACGGAAGGAAUAAUAUUGGAACUUACCGCACGAGAAAACACGUGGUCGCAUCAGCGAAGAAAAAGACGUGCCGCACAAAUCAGUCCAAACGGAACGACGGCAAUAGAAACACCGAACGGAAAUGAACAGAUAUAUAGCGAAAAGCGACCAAGACUCGGUGAUGAGCUGCAUACGAACCGUUCAGAACAGACAGCUCCUCACACAGACGAUCCUUAUUUGCGCGCGGCAUUGAACAUCCAGCGCAAGGAGGAUGGAUAUUAUUUAGCGCUCCAAUAUGUUGCUGGUAUUGCUGGCAAAGAUGCAGUUAAUCAGAUUUUACAGUACCUUAAAAAUACGGCUAAAGCUGCAGAAGUUACCGCGGAUGUAGGUAAACAGCACGGUGCCGAAUACCUCCCAAAUAGUUAAUUUAUGGCAACAUACCGUUAAUAAAUGAAAUG